UCUUGACAGAGUCUUCAAAAAACAAAAGGAAAUGUUAGUUUCAAGGAUGAAGAUAUUCUUGAGAAAAGCUUUUACAGAAGAUUCUACUGAAAGUGCACAAGACAUCGCACGUGUGCUAAUGAUGUUGGUUCUCGCGACAAUCUUUGUCCCACUCUCACAACCAAAAUUAAGCUGGGCUUACUGUCCAUUCAUUGAGGAUCUCAACACAUCCACAAUGUAUGCAUGGUCAACAUUCAUUAUAGAGCACUUGGUCAAAGAGCUUGAUACAAAGCAUACAAAUCCAACAACUGUUGGUGGAUGUGUACUUGGACUACUGUAUUGGCUCUGCGAGCAUACAAGCAUAAUGAAUAUGCAACAAUCAAAAGACAAUUGUCCAAGGUUUAUGAAGUGGGAUAUGAGUGAUUUAACAGAAGCGUUGGCACGAACACCAUUGGAAUCCCUUAAUCCAGAAAUGGUAAAGGAUGCAGAAUUGGAGCCCAUCAACGAGAAAGAGAAAAAGUUGUUGCAUUUUCUUGAACAAAUUGAAAAUGAGAGUGAUGUGAAGGAUGAUGAUGCUCGGGAGUGCAGCUUGGACGACGAUGGAUCGAAAUCUGAGAAGGACGAGGGGGUUGAGGAGACUAACAAUGAUACCAACAACCUAAUUUUGACCUACUCAAAGAAAUUGACAGGUUGAAGGAAGAAUCGAAGGAAAAGGACAAUGUAAUUCAAACUUUGCAACAAAAAAUAGCUGAACUUGAAAGGGACCAUGUACCGUAUCAAGACGCCGCUAAGCAAAUGUUUGACUAUGAAACAGAAGUCGGGACGGUACAUGUUGAAAAGGGUAUCCUGCAGGAAGAAAUUGUGCAAAAGGAGGUUGAGAUAGGAGGUUUGUACGUCAGCAACGACUUAUUAGAGGAAAAACUUGAAAAAUCUGAAAAAGACAAAGCAAGUUUCGAAGAUGGCCUAGAUGACAUGGUAACCCAUAUGGUUACACAAGAAUACCACGAAA